AUGCAAUCGAUUCGUGGCAGUACAAGGUUGCUUCAGAGGCAACGUUUCGCCAUCCCCAACACUCUUCGUUUCACUUCGUCUCCGGCAAGCUGGUCUGAUAAUGAAUCGAGGAGUCUAGGAUUUGACUCCUUCCCUUCUACCCGAGCUUUGGGCUCAGCAGCGACGUAUCUCAUUAGCUCGUUGACAAAGGCGAUUUCUUCAUCUUCCGCACUACCUAAACAAAACUUUACUUACACAUCGAGGUGCUUGUCCACCAUUGGAGAUGCCGUUCAAUCUACCCCUGAGUCAGCUUCUGACUUGCCUCCGAGAAUCAAGUUCAAGCGGCUUGAUAAGACCGCCAAGCAUAUAAUGCAGAUUGUAGACAAGGAGGCAGUUGAGGAAGUGAGAACUCGUAGAGAGAUUCCAGAGAUAAGGCCCGGUUACAUUGUUCAGCUUAAAGUGGAAGUGCCUGAGAACAAGAGGCGUGUUUCAACAGUAAAAGGCAUUGUCAUAGCUAGGCGUAAUGCUGGUCUUAACUCUACCUUUAGGAUUAGAAGACUUGUGGCUGGAGUCGGCGUCGAAUCCAUGUUCCCCUUGUAUUCACCAAACCUGAGGGAGAUUAAGGUGUUGGACAAGAAGAAAGUAAGAAGAGCGAAGCUUUAUUACCUUAGGGACAAGAUGAAUGCUCUCAAGAAGCAUUAG